AACAUCAUUACCUCCCCUGUACCUGUAUCGUAUGCCCUUUAUUGACUAAUUUUCUUUGUUUUCUUUCUGUCACAUAGUGUCACAUCUGUUUGUCUAUAAUGAAAUGUCCUGCAUCUAUAUAUAGUCUAUGGCCUCUACGUUGAGCUCUGUCACAGGUCUAGUCAUAAAGUUAAUUGUAAAACAAAAAUACAUUGGACAUAUAGGCUAAUAGAUCUCUGAUAAUUUAAUGUACACUCAAUAUCAAAGAUGUCUAGAUAGAGGGCUCACGCAAACAAAAACAAAAACAAACAAAAAAUAACUAUAGAGGACGAGUUGUUUUUUCUAACAUCUGGGCGACUUGUCCUAAUAUUAGGACGACUUGUCCUAAUAUAUGAUGUAUGAUUAAAGCGCUUAGCUAACUAUGAUGUUUAUAGCGUAACACGAGGAAGAAGAAAUAAUAUUUAAAAAAGAUUUUUGAAGAAAUACUGUAGAAGACAUUUUUAUAAAGCUGUUGUUUGAUCAGACAUUGUCAAAGCAAUUUUUGAAGAAAUACUGUAGAAGACAUUUUUAUAAAGCUGUUGUUUGAUCAGACAUUGUCAAAGCACAUUUUAUAUUGGAAUUUUAGUCUAGUUGGUUUACAUCCAUAGCUGAUUUCUAUACUUUACCAAUAGAGUGAUGGCACGUAAAUCAAAAAAGAGCAAAGCCUCCAAAGCCAAAGAACAAAAACUAAGAAUGAGAGAAAGAAGGUUGGCAGAGGAGGCUUUGCAACAGUCUACUGAUAUUGAUAAAAUUGAAGGAGAAAGCACUGAGAAUGGUUAUCCUGAAGGAGAAAACACUGUUCAUGAAUUUGCUGUCAAUAAAAUUGAAAGAAAUGACACUGUUAAUGAUUUGACUGUUAACUCUGUUGUCAAUAUAAGAAAUCACACUGUUAAUGAAUUGACUGUUAACUCUGUUGUCAAUAAUACUGAAAGAAAUCACACUGAUAAUGAAUUGACUGUUAACUCUGUUGUCAAUAAAAGAAAUCACACUGUUAAUGAAUUGACUGUUAACUCUGUUGUCAAUAAAAGAAAUCACAGUGAUAAUGAAUUGACUGUUAACUCUGUUGUCAAUAAAAGAAAUCACACUGUUAAUGAAUUGACUGUUAACUCUGUUGUCAAUAAAAGAAAUCACACUGUUAAUGAAUUGACUGUUAACUCUGUUGUCAAUAAAAGAAAUCACACUGUUAAUGAAUUGACUGUUAACUCUGUUGUCAAUAAAAGAAAUCACACUGUUAAUGAAUUGACUGCUAACUCUGUUGUCAAUAAAAGAAAUCACACUGUUAAUGAAUUGACUGCUAACUCUGUUGUCAAUAAAAGAAAUCACACUGAUAAUGAAUUGACUUUUAACUCUGAUUGCAAUGACACUGUUACUGAUUUAACUGGGCAUACUGUUGCCAAUACUACUGAACAGUAUCAAACUGUUAAUGAAUUGACUGCUCCUUCUGUUGACUGCAACAUACAUUUAGUUAAGACUAAUUUGAACAAUUCAGAAUUUAGUAAACUAAAACGUUAUUCAGAUUCAAUCCACAAUCAGUUAGAAAACAAGCAAGCAUGUCUGGGUAGAAAUAAUAAAAAUGACAUUGAUAACAAAGCAGACAAAUCUGUAGAUUCCAAUUUAUUGAAAGGUGAACAGAAAACAGGUAUGCAUGUAAAUAUCAGGUUUGAAAAUCCGGUAGUUUUAUAUGAUUUAUCAAGAUCACAAGUAACACGAGAACAAAAUAAUCGAGUCAUUCAGGGUAGUUUCCAUCAAGGAAAUACCAGGUUUGGUGAAAACGCUGGGAAACAAUGUGUUAGUAAUUGUUUAUCCGCUAUAGUGCACAGUAAAUUGAAACCAGUUUUUGCAUGGAACAAGUUUUAUCUUGACAAUAUACUAAUUGAAGGUAACGACAUUUAUACAUCUGUGCACGGUACUAAUAAUUAUCUCUGUGUGGAAGACCUUCCAGAAUUUGUAGAUCUAAGAAAUCGUAUUAUUCAUUGUCACAAGAAACGUUCCAUUUGUGCAUUUGUACAUGACGUUGACCCAGAUUUUGAUGGCGUCUUACCUUUAGACCAAGCCCUGCAAUAUGCAUUAGUAGACUCAGAUGGAUGCUUUGUUACUGUAAGAGCAACAACAUCAUUAGUAAUAAAGCAGAAUAACAAAAUAUAUAUGUUUGAUUCUCAUGCAAGAAAUCGUUUUGGUCUAGUAGAUAAUUAUGGUUCUAGUAUUGUAUUUGAACUUCCUGACAUUCAAGCUGUUUAUCAACACUUUUGUAAUUUUGUCCAGGAUGACCAAUCUGUACCUUUUGAUGUAACAGGAAUUACUGUUGCAAUACAAGACACAGUUGACAGUAAUGUAGAUAUGACAUUGCAAGAUAAUGUGCAACAUAUUGAAAUACAAGAUAGUGUACCAAUACUAGGUUAUUUAGAAACUAAGCAUAGUAUUGAAGAAAAUGAGACUAAUGAAGAAACAAUCGACAAUUUAAAGGGAGGAUUGUUGAAAAAAACCAAGAGUCGUGUAUCUGAUUUUUCAAAUGACAUUAAAUCAGACAGAUUAAUGAACAUAUCACACAAUGUAUCAGAUGACAUUGAAUCCGACAGGUUAAUGGACAUAUCAGAUGACAUGGAAUCAGUAGAUUUUUCAAAGGUAGGGUCUCCAUGUACAUUUAUUAAAGAAAAUGAAGUUUCUGAUAUAGAAAUGAUGUCUGAUUGUAGAUCUAAUUUUGCUUUCAAGCCAUUAGAUUUUAAUUCUAAAAGGAAACUCUGUACAAUAUUUAAUAUAUCUUCAAAAGAAGUGAAUAAGAACACGUGCAGUACAGAAUCGUGUAAUAUUGGCAUUCCCUUGGAAACAAAGCCCAUCAUAGCAGAUGGAAACUGUCUCUUUAGAGCAAUAUCUUAUGCUGUUUCACAAAGACAAAAUUUCCAUAAAAAAGUUAGACAAGACAUAAUAAAGCAUAGCUUGAGUAUUUCAUGUCAAUUGACCAGUCUAUUAGAAAAUCAAUAUGAUUCAGUGGAAGAACAUAUAAGUGGUCGUAAAAUGAGAGAGAACAAUUCAUGGGGAACUGCAUUGGAAAUAAUCGCUGCAGCAGACCUUCUUAAAACGGAUAUUUAUACGUUUUAUAAUGGAGUAUGGAUAAAGUAUUCAUCGUCUCAAAUUUUUACAAACAGUGAAAUAAAUGAACGUGCAAUCUAUCUUCAACACAAUGGAGACUUACAACACUAUGAGGUUGUAUUAUCAGUUUUACCAGAGAUGGACAUACCACUUGAAAGUAAUAGAGUUGCAAUGAAGAGAAAAUGUGAGCAAAAUGAUUUAUUUGUUUCAAAGAAACACACAAAACUGGAUCAACGGGCUAGUAGUCUAAAUGAUGAAAACAAUUCUUCUGUUAAAUCGUCACAGAAAGAAAUACAUUCAGGUAAAGAUGUUACUGAACAACAAACCUUAUCAAAAUGCGAAAAAGAAAAAGAAAAGUAUCACACUGAUUGUCAAUUAAGGUACAGGAAAUUAUCAGCACUGAAGAAAAAGUAUUCGAACGAUAAGUCGUACAAAGCUCAGAAAAUAAGACAAGGAAAGGAGAAGUAUCAGAAUGAUUACACAUAUAAAUUAGAUAUUAAAAAAGCUUCAAAAGAUAGCAUCCACAAAUAUGCUACUGACAAUGAACAUCAAAAUAGAAUUAAACAGGCAAGCAUUCACAAGUAUGCUACUGAUGAUGAAUAUCAAAAUAAGGUGAAACAGGCCAGCAUUCAUAAAUAUGCUACUGAUGAUGAACAUCGAAAGAAUGUUAAAUGUCAGACUUUGUCUAAAAGAAUUCUUUCUAAAGAAGAAGGAAAAGACAUGACAAAAGUUAUUGAAAAAUUUAAGAAAGAUGUAUGUGAAGGACCUGAAUACAUUUGUGCUUGCUGUUUUAGACUUUGUUUUCAAAAUCAAGUCAUGGAAUAUAAGAAGGAUUUGUAUCAAAAGGAUUCUGUAAAAGAUGUAGCAGACACUUGCAUUUCUGAUAAGUAUUUGCAUAAAUGUUUAGACGAAUGCGAAGAUGAAUGUAAGUAUCAAGGAACUAGUAGACAAUCCCUUUGGAUUUGUUACACAUGUCACAGAAAGAUCCAGAGAGGAAAAGUGCCUGCUGAAUCGUUUUUUAACAACUUAUCAUUAGAUGAUGUUCCUAAUGAACUAAGCAGAUUAAAUCAACUAGAACAACAUUUAAUUUCUCUUAAUAUUCCUUUCAUGAAGAUAAUUGCUCUACCUAAAGGUGGCCAAAAGGCAGUUCAUGGACCAUGUGUUUGUGUACCAUCAGAUAUGUUUAAGGUGACUACUACUUUGCCUAGAUCUGAAGAUGAUAAUUGUUUAGUUAAAGUUAAGCUCAAAAGGAAAUUACAGUAUAAGGGUUAUGAGGAAUAUCAAUUUGUUGAUACUAAACAUUUAGAAGAAGCAUUGCUAUUUUUAAAAGGAAGAAAUGAGUGGUAUUCAAAUAUAGUAAUCAAUGAAAAAUGGUUGAACCCUAUUCCUUUACAAAAUAACGACUGUUGCCCUGAAGAAGAGAGCAUGGACACUUCAACAACAACAAAUGAAACGCUAAAUGAUAAUUUGCAAGAUAGGUCAAAUACAGAGGAACAAACAAAUGAAGCGGAUACAUACUUAGAUGAUACUUUACAGGGCGUUCAGUUGGACACAUGUUUACAACCUGCUGAUAUUGCACAGGAAGCUUUAGAUGCAUUGUUUGAUAAGGAAUUCAAUCUAUCACCUGCAGAGGAAAAUAACCCUGUAAGUCUUUUGAGAACAAAGGGUAUUGAAGCUCAAACGUUUCCAGUACAUUAUCCUACAGGUAAAAACACAUUGAAUGAAGAGAGAGAAGAAAAGUUAUCUUUAUUAAGAUAUUUCAAUCUGAGAUUAAUGAGUGUAGAAAACCGAUUUGCAAGAGAUACUUCUUAUAUAUUCUUUUGUCAAUAUAUGUCUGAACUAGAUAGAGUUAUGUCAAAUGUUCAAAUUUCCUUAAGGAAAGGAUCGGUGUUUUCAAAUGGAAAGAAAGUAACAGGCAAAAUGCUUUGUGAUAAAGACACAUUACAUGGGUUAUUCCGAAAAGAUGAGGCAAUAAAGUUUAUGAAACCUGUAAGAGGAACACCUCCUUAUUGGCAAGCUGAACAAAAGAAUAUUUUUGCUAUGAUUCGCCAGUUAGGUAUUCCCACAUUCUUUGCCUCGUUUUCUUCUGCAGACUUCAGAUGGAAAGAAAUCAUAGAAACAAUAUUGAAGCAACAAGGAGAUAUUCGUAAGUUUGACGAACUUACUUGGGAUGAAAAGUGCAAAGUCCUUUGUAGUAAUCCUGUUACACCUGCACGAAUGUUUGAUCGUAGAUUUAAAAGAUUUCUAAAAGAUGUUAUAAUGUCAGAUGCUCAACCAAUUGGUCAUGUGAUAGACUACUUUUAUAGAGUUGAAUUUCAACAGAGAGGUUCUCCACACACGCACUGUUUGUUCUGGGUAGAAGAUGCCCCAAAAUUUAAUGAAGAUGAAGAUGAUAUUGUAACUGAGUUUGUUGACAAAUAUAUAACAUGUAAACUACCGCUGGAAACCGAGGACUCAGAGCUAAAAGACAUUGUCACAACUGUACAACAACAUAGCAAAACACAUUCAAAAAGUUGUAGAAAAAAGGGAACUGUGUGUCGUUUUAAUUUCCCAAGACCACCCUCUGAAAAAACAUUUAUAUCACGCCCACCUAAGGAUGAUGAAGAAGAAUGUAGUGUUGCUGAUGACACUGAUGAAGAUGUUGACGAUGAUGAUGUUGAAAAACCAAAAUCGGGAAUUAGUUCAUUAGAAGCUAAAAAGAUAUUAGAAUCUCUAUGGGCUGUAAUCAAAGACUGUGAAAAGGAAAAUUUAUCUACUACGGAGUUAUUCAUAAGGGCAGGAGUAUCUCAGGAAGAUUUUCAAGAAUGCUUUAGGUCAGUUACAUAUAGAAAUACUGUGGUGUUAAAAAGAAACAAAAAUGAAAUGUUUAUCAAUCAGUACAACCCGCAUCUCCUGAAAGCAUGGGAUGCAAAUAUGGACAUACAAUACAUAUUAGAUGCUUAUUCUUGUGUUGUUUAUAUAAUAAGUUACAUCAGUAAAUCAGAACGUGAACUUGGAUUGUUGCUACAACAAACAAAAAAUGAGGCCGCUGAUGGAAAUUUGAAUGCACAACAAACAAUGAAACAAGUAGGUACUGCAUACUUUCACUUUCGAGAGCUGAGUGCCCAAGAAGCUGUUUUUAGAGUGAUCGGCUUAAGUUUGAAAGAAUGUUCAAGAAAAGUUGAAUUCAUUCCAGUUGGAGAAAAUCCAUGUAAAAUGAGUAUUCCUCUAAAAGAACUUUUAAUCAAAUCUAAAAGCGCAAAUACAAAAAAACCUUCAAAGGAAAUCGAUGAUGAUGAUGACAUUGAUGACGGUGAUGAUAUCGAACUUUGGAUGAAAAGCAUUACUGAUAGAUAUAAAAGUCGACCAGAACUUGAAUUAUUUAAUCAGAUGUGUUUAGCUUCAUUUUGCUCCGAGUUUUCAGUUUUAGCAGAAACACAGAUCCCAAAUACAAUAAAUGAAGAUACCACAUUCAAACUUAAAAAUGAUAUGGGAUACAUCAGAAAGCGGACAAGAACCCAGCCUGCUAUUAUCAAAUAUGCACGAUUUUCCAUUGAAACAUCGCCUGAACAGUACUACCAAAGUAUUUUACAGUUAUAUUUACCUUACAGAUUAGAGGAACAGUUGAAACCGCCACAAUUUUUGACAUAUGAAUUGUUUUACAAAUCAGGAAUGGUCAGGUAUAAUCAGAAAGAGGUUCUUGUUAAAGUCGAACAAAUAGUUAAUACUAACAUGUCCAACUUUGUGAAAAGUGGCAAAGAGCUAGAAGCUGCAGAAAAAAAAUUGGAAGAAAAUGAUUACCAAGAAGAUGCGUGGGCAGACCUAUGUCCAGAAACAGAGAGUGAAAGACGUGAAUGCACUGAAGCAGCCAAAUCUUCAACUGUCAUAGAAGUCGACAGUCCUGAAUUUGGAAUACCAGAUUUAAAUAAAAGUAACAAGCCAGAAAUAGUUAGUGGAAAUGGGAUUAAAACUUGUUUACUAAGGUCGGAAGUUAUACCCUUGUUGAGAGGUUUAAACAUGAAACAAAGGCGUAUUUUCUAUAAGGUAAGAGAAUGGUGCAACCUAAAAGCCAAUGGUAAAAAUCCCCCUCCCUUUCACGUCUUUGUAACAGGCGGAGCUGGAACAGGAAAAAGCCAUCUGAUUAAAUGCUUACAUUAUGAAACCACAAGAAUUCUUGCUCGCUGCUCUCCUAGUCCAGACGAUUUGACAGUUUUAUUGACUGCACCAACUGGCACUGCAGCCUUCAAUAUAAAUGGAUUGACGAUUCACCAUGCUCUUUCUAUUUUCAAAACUCUUACUGUUGACAAAGCGAUGCUUGGUGAAGAUAAGCUGAACACUUUAAGGUCAAAAUUAGAAAAUUUACAAAUUUUAAUCAUAGACGAAGUCUCAAUGGUCAACAAGAGGUUGUUAUUCUUCAUUCAUGAACGGUUGCGUCAGAUCAAGAAAAGACCUGAAAAAGAUCCUUUUGGUGGGGUUUCAGUGAUAGCUGUUGGAGAUUUUUUUCAGUUACCACCAGUAAAAUGCCGAAAAACUGAUAAACUUUAUGUAGAUGAUCCAUCGAAUCCUUUGAACUAUCUGUGGAACGAUUUCUUCACUAUUGUAGAAUUAGAUGAAGUCAUGAGACAACGUGAAGAUGGUUUGUUUGCUCAGUUAUUGAAUAGACUUAGGAUAAAAGACAAAUAUUCUCCUUUAGAAUCCUCAGAUUUAAAAAUGUUAAAGCAGUGUAUAGGUAGUGGGACAGAUGAAGCUUUACACAUUUAUGCUACUAAUAAUGAGAUUAAUAUUCACAAUACUGAAAUGGUUAUUAAACUGUCCAGUGAACCUAAGUUAAUUGAAGCACAAGAUUUUGAAAAAAAUAAAGCUACAGGAAAACUAAGAAAGAAAACAGCAAAUUUUUCACAAACUGAUAUUUGUCUCCCAACUUCAAUUCUAUUAGCUGAAGGAGCCCGCGUAAUGCUGAAAAAGAAUGAAGCCGUCAAUGAUGGCUUGGUAAAUGGGGUAAUGGGCACUAUUGUCAGCAUUGCAGAAUUUUUAGAAGGGUCUUUGCCGAAUGUUAUUUUUAUCAAUUUUGACAAUGAGAGAGUAGGAAAAAACGCUAAGAUUCAAAAAACAAUAAAUGGGAAAAGAUGCGUUGGAUUGGAACCAUCUACAGAGGACAUACCAUUCAAAAAUGGAACGAGAAAACAGUUUCCUUUGCAGUUAGCAUGGGCAUGUACUGUUCAUAAAGUUCAGGGUUUGACAGUUUCACAAGCAGUUGUGGAUUUGAAUAAAUGCUUCACUUAUGGCCAGGCAUAUGUUGCAUUGAGUAGAGUUACUACAAAAGAAGGGCUUCAUAUAUUACCAAUUGAUGACAAAACACUUGGUAAAAAAAUAUACUGUGAUCCUGAUAUCAUAAAAGGCAUAAAAACAAUGAAACAUUAUCUGACUGAAAAUGUAGAAGCAUCAUCUGAAGAAACACUUGUAACUAUUGUUUAUCACAAUAUCCAAGGACUAAGAGCUCAUAAAAAUGAUUUAGUGGCUAAUUCAGACUGUACAGAUGCAGAUUAUGUCUGUCUGACUGAAACAUGGCUUGAAUCUUCCUCUGAUCAUGUUUAUCUUCCUAACUAUGAUUUUUAUCACCAACCAAGAUCUGCAGCCUACACACCGACUAAUUCUGUGUUUAUGAAUUUGCAAGCUAUGGGCCACGGAGGAGUUGGAGUAUAUGUAAAAACAGAUUCUGAAUAUGAAAAUUGUAACAUUACCGUGGAAAAUCUAGAAUGUAUGACUUUCAGAAUUCCCACCAUGAAUGUCCUUGUGGCAACAAUAUAUAGAACUCAGAAGUAUCAAAUUGGAACAUUUCUUAAAACAUUUAUUUCGUUUGUAAGCAAAUUGACUGAACUUUCAAACAAUAUCAUUGUUUUAGGUGACUUUAAUCAAGACAUAUUAAAGGGAGAAAGAUCCAUACUGGACUAUAUGACUUCAAAAGGAUUUCAACAGCUAGUGGAAGAGGCCACAACAGAAGGUGGUACAUUGAUUGAUCAUGUCUAUGUCAAAGGUUGCUCAAAAGUAGAAGUUAAAGGCAUUCCAACUUACUACAGUUAUCACGAUGCUGUAUCCAUAAUGCUUAAAGAUAGCCGAUAA